ACUUCUGUAUUAAGAAUGAUUGAAUAAGCCUUUCCUAGAGAAAUAACUACUGCGAAGAUCUACGAGUGUUUCUUGAAUUUUUUUUUUCCAGGUUUAGCACUCAGAAAUUGAAGGCAAGAUGAAUCAAUUCUUGGAGUCUGUCACUAAUUUUUUCGGUGGCGGUGACAACAUCCCUUGGUCCACUCCUGAUGUUGUCCUCGGCUGUGAGAGAGAAGUUGCAGACGCUGAAAGGGAGGGAUCUCAAGAUCGAGUUAAUGACUGUAUUGUGCGAUUGUCGUGGGCUCUUGUUCAUUCCAGACAACCUGAAGAUGUGCAGCGAGGGAUAGCCAUGCUUGAAGUUUCACUAACCAACACCAGUAGUCCAUUGCAAAAGAGGGAGAAACUUUAUCUACUUGCUGUUGCUCACUACCGGAGCGGGGAUUAUCCAAGGAGCAGGCAUUUUCUAGACCAAUGCUUGGAGAUUGCACCCGACUGGAGGCAAGCUCUGUCUUUAAGGAAGAAUGUUGAAGAACGAAUCACUAAAGAUGGUGUUAUUGGAAUUGGCAUAGCUGCAACUGCGGCUAGUCUUGUAGGAAUAGCAGUUGCAUUGGCUCGGAGGGGCUGAUCUUUACACUGCUUUCUUUGGGGAAAACCGAACUCUUUUGUUGUGAUUUUGCUCUGUUUUAGAUUCAGCCUCAUAUGAAUAAGUUUUAGCUUGAAUGUGAAUUGAACUCCACCUUUGCUGGAUUUCGAAUUAAUUUGUUUUAAUGAAAUAGAAGUUUUGUUUGCA